AUGGUAUUUAAAUUACUCGGAAAAUUCACAAUUCCCACAAUUCUCCAAUUUCAAUCUUCUCCUUCGACGCCGCAAAAAAGUAAAUUGGCAGCUACAUUAUAUCCAACGCUUUCUUCACAGGCGGCAGCUCGUCGUAGCAUGAUUUCCACAACCUCUGCGGAAGAGAUAAACUCCUGGUCCUCGACUCCCGACGAAUCCCCGGUUCCCAUGGACAUCAAAGAAGUCAUACCAUUGACGACGAUCUGUGCGGAACAAGAGCUCCACAGAGUAGCUUUUAAAACUCUGCAACAGUGCAUAGAUCUUUUGAAAA